AUGGCGCUUCCAUCGUCAGCACUUGCUGCAAUAGUGACCCCCUGGGUCUUCAUUGGUAUCUUUCUUGUUUGGUCUUUCAUCCGCGGUCUUAGCUGUUCAAUUCCUUGCGCUCUUCAGUCGUCUAGAACGACUAGAAGGCUUCGUGUAGGAUUCCUGCAUCCUGAUUUUGGUAUUGGGGGAGCUGAAAAUCUUGUCGUGAAUGCAGCAGUCGCACUGCAGCAGCGUGGAAUGCAUGUCACAGUAUAUACAGCCCAUCAUGAUGUCAAUCACUGCUUUGAAGAGACUCGUGGUGACGGACCUUUAGCAGCACAUGUGCGUGUCCACGGUGAUUGGCUGCCGCGCACGAUUCUGGGCAAGCUCUACGCGUUCUGCGCAAUAGUGCGCAUGCUGUAUGUAACUCUUUGUGUAGCAUUCUAUCAUAUUGACGAUCUGGACGUGUUUAUAGUGGACCAAGUGUCAAUCUCUGUCCCCUUCUUGCGUGCUUUGAGCAAACCUGUGCUUUUCUACGGCCACUUCCCGGACAAGCUCCUCUGCAUUCACUCCAACUCGCCCUGGAAGCGUAUGUAUCGAGUACCACUAGACUUUCUAGAGGAAGUCACCACUGCAUCAUCGGACAUUAUCGUCGCUAACAGCAAGUUCUCGCGCGGGGUCUUCCAGAAGGUUUUUCCACGCCUAAAGUCAAAAAAAGUGGGAGUUCUCUAUCCACCAGUCGAUACAAAGGCUUAUGAAGUCACAGCUGGGGAGAGCGUGCAGCGUGAUUCAGGUCUUUUUGUAUCGUUGAAUCGUUUUGAGCGGAAGAAGAAUGUCGCUUUGGCGAUUGAAGCACUCGCAGAGUUGCGCAACAGACUGUCUCGUGAAGAAUUUCAGUCGGUCAAAGUCGUCGUAGCUGGAGGAUACGACCCGCUCAACACGGAAAACCAAGAGCAUCUCAUUGAGCUGCAAGAUGCGGUGGCCAAGCUCAAUCUAGAGGAACACGUAAAAUUCCUGACGUCGAUCUCGAAGUCGAUGAAGCUUGAGCUGCUACGCAAAGCUCACGCCAUCCUGUACACACCCGACCGCGAGCACUUUGGCAUCGUCCCCAUCGAGGCUAUGGCAUGCGGUACCCCUGUCAUUGCAGUAUGCUCCGGUGGUCCAUUGGAGUCCAUAGUCGACGGCGAAACAGGAUUCUUGUGCGAGCAGAAACCGGAGGCGUUUGCCGAGGCCAUGGCAGGCCUUUGCGGACCCAAACACAGUUCUAGAGUCAUUGAGAUGGGCGUUCGCGGUAUACGACGUGCUCAGAAGUUUUUCUCGCUCGAAACCUUUGGUGACACUCUGUUUGAGCUGGUGAGUGAGGCUGUGUAUGGUGAGAAGGCGGCGUAA